AAUUUAUCAUGCGGCUCCCUCAUCAACAAACCUCGUGUUAUCAUUUCGCAAACAAGCGGUCAUAAUUGUCCUUCCGGUCCCUUCUCAGCGCUUGAUGAUGGCAUGCUUAGAUUAUUUCAAUAACAACACAACGUCACUACUGUUCUAUCCCGCUCUAUCUCUCUCUCUCUCUCUAGCUAACCCGAUCAUGGGUGACUUUGAUUAUGCACAUCUCCUGAUGCAAAACUUUAGAACCUCUACGCACUACGCUGUGACGGAGAUGACUUGCAGUACAAUGGGGUGUUCGCUGUCCGAUUGUCUAUGGCGCUAUCUCACAGCUGAUAAGCCAAUUUCCGACCGCCAGAUCUCACCCGAUGUCUGUCUGUUAGUCGUGGUGUGACUGUUGCGCUUAUACGCUCGGGGCUAUAUGGUUCCGUUCCGCACAAUCUUUCGAUCAGUCAAUCUGCUACCGGUGCUGUGUGUGUAAGGCUUCCAGUUUCAGCUCCAGCUCCACGCUGCAAUAUAGAAAGAUGACACAAAGUGUUUACGAUGCCGAACGGAAGCUUUGGUACGGUGAACGGUUACCUUCGGUGUGGAAUCCAGCCGCCGGCAUUGGCCGCAUCGUGCUCGAUUCGAUGUCCCGCUGCCCGGAGCGGGUGAUACAGAUAAAUGCGGACACUGGCCGGCGGACGACGUGCGCCGAAAUGAAGCUACGCAUUGUACGCGUCGCGCUGAACCUUCGUCGCCUUGGUUACAAGCGUGGUGACUUUGUUAGUCUCGCCUGUGCAAAUGGAGAGAAUGUGGUGCCGGUGCUGAUCGGUUGUUGGGUGUUGGGGUUGGCCGUGAAUCCACUGGCACCGGUGUUCGGGCGGGAAGAUUUCGAACACAUGAUGAAACAAACGCAAUCGUCGCUCGUGUUCUGUGAUCCGGCCAAUUACGCGGUGGUGGCCGAAGCGGCACACAAUGUAAUCCGCGCGAAGGUACAGCUGUUUGUGAUGGGUGAGGCCACGGUGGGGGGAAGUUCGGUCGAUGAGCUGCUGGAACCGAUCGACGGUGAGAACAGCUUCCGGGCGGAAUAUCUCGGCGAUGCUACCAAACUGCUCGCGAUGGUUCUGUGCUCCUCCGGAACUACUGGACUGCCGAAGGGUGUCUGUCUGUCCCACGCUCACUUCAUCGACGGAACGGUCUUUUCCACAGAAAUCUCCGACGGGCCCAUCUUUAACUUCAGCUCACUGUUCUGGGCCACCGGGAUCUUUGCGGUGAUGACCUCGCUGCUGCACAGUCGACCACGCGUCCUCACCAGCAAACCGUACCAGCCGGACCUUCUGCUCGAUCUGAUCGAAAAGUAUCGCAUCGAGAAUCUGUUUACACCGCCGUCGUACGUGUCCGGCCUGUUGGCUCAUCCACGCCAUGCCACGGCGGAUCUAAGCAGCGUUCGGCAGUGGCAGCUCGGCGGUUCCAUGGUGCCGCCGGAACUGAUUCUACGGCUUCAGAAGCUGCUCCCAAACGGGCACUUGCGAUCCAUCUAUGGAAGUUCCGAGAUAGGGUUCAUCACCCGGAACGACGUCACGGUGAAGCCCGGUUCGGUUGGCCCGCUUACAACGAACGUCGAGUGCCGGGUGGUGGAUGAGGAUGGUCAAGUGGUUGGGCCGGGCGUUUCCGGUGAGCUGCUACUACGCUAUCGGUACAUGUUUCUGGGUUACCUUUACAACGAGGAAUCGACGAAGAAUGCGCUUACCGAGGAUGGGUUCUUCCGGAGCGGUGACAUCGGGUACAUGGAAGCCGACGGCAGCCUGUACGUGAUCGAUCGCAUCAAGGACAUCAUCAAGUACAACAACUUCCAGGUGUCGCCGUCCGAUCUGGAAAGCGUCAUCCAGAAGAUCGACGGCGUGAAGCAGGUGUGCGUGAUCGGGAUCCCAUCGCCGGACGGAUCGACCGAUCUGCCGCUGGCUGUGGUGGAGCGGAAGCCGGGCAGUGCGCUGCAGGCGGAAGACAUUGUGCGGCACGUGGACGGACAGGUGACGGACUUCAAGCGGUUGCGUGGCGGUGUGCGGUUCGUCGACGGGUUCCCGAUGACGCCGUCCGGCAAGAUCGUGCGGCGUGUGGUGAAGCAGAUGAUCAACAACGAGGCUGCCUCCUAGAGAGGAGAUAGGGAGGGGCAACUUUAAUGUUAGAGACCGUGACAAUGACGGGGAGUGAUUACUGAUAUAUUUAAAUACGUAACGACGAGAUUAAUAACCAGGUUAAAGCAUUAUGAAUAAAACUCUACAAAUAUUGUAAGAACAGCGUUCAUAAUCAUCCAUAAUCAGCACAAGCUUAAUCUAAUAAAUAAAAUAUUGAUCAUUAA